UCACUGUAGACAUGGUAGAAAAACCCGAGACGUUAGCACGAUUGGGUUGCCUUUGAAGCUCUGCAGUUGCCAGUUAUGUCCGUCAAAACUAAUUUUAGAGGUCUGUCAAGACCUACCACUUCAGCAGUGGGAUUACCGGAGCCACCAGAAUGCACUGUCAGAGUUAAAUCGAACUCAUCCAAAAGGUACAGCAUCAUGCAGUUCAACCGAGGAGACAACGUCGAUUUGUCCAAGUGGAAACAGGCCAAGAUGGAGAGAGAGAACAACCUGAAGGAGUUCAAGAUGCUGAACCCGGAUAUGCCGACGUCGGGGGCGGGCAGCGAGUUUGGCCGGGAGAGGCGGGAGGAGGCCAGGAGGAAGAAGUAUGGCAUCCAGGCCAAGAAGUACAAGGAGGAGGACCAGCCAUGGAUACUCAAGCAGAUCGGGGCGCCGGGGAGGAAGUACAAGGGCAAGAAGGAAGGCUUGGUCAGUGAGAACUCCAGUUAUUUCAUCUUCAAGCAGCAGGCGGACGGAUCCUUUGAGGCCCACCCUGUGGAUUCCUGGUACAGCUUCACCUCCGUCGCUACGCACAAGACACUCAACGCGGAGGAGGCAGAGGAGGAAUUUGGAAGACGUGACCGGACAUUCAAUUACUUCUCAUUGAUGGUCAAGAAGCGAUUGAAAGAAAGUGUAGGGGAGGAGCUAAGCAAGGAAGAGGAGGAGGAGAUGAAAGCCAAGGCCAAGGGCACCAAGAAGACUGCCGACCUGAGAAUCACGGAAGACGAUGACUAUCAAGACCUGAUGACUUCGGAGGAGAGCGAUGGGUUCAUGAGUGAAGAGGAUGAUGAGACAGCCAAAUCGAAGGCUAAGAGAAAAGGCCAGCCAAAGUCUAAGAAGGCGAAGAAAAAGAAGCAGGAUUCGGACGAUGAAGCCGAAGAGGAGAGUGAUGAGGGGGACUUUGAAGGCAGGGAACUAGACUACAUCUCGGAAGAUUCCAGCGACGAGGAGGAGGAGCAGAAGAAGAUUGACAUCAAGGGGCUGGACGAGGAGCUGCAGAAGAUCGAGGACGAAGAGGAGGAAGAAGAAGAAGAGGAGGAGCAAGAGAAGGAAGGGGGCGGGGAGGAGACGAAAGACGAGACAGAUGGGAAGGACGAAUCGGCCAAAAAGGAAGGUGCCUUCAGCAGUUCCAGUAGCUCCGACUCUGACGACAGUGACAUCGACGACACCAAAAUUCAGUCGGCUAUGUUGAUGCAAAGGAAGCCCAGCAAGAGGCCCGGCACCCCACCCAGCCAGAAGCUCCCCUCGAAAAGCAGCAGCAGGAGCUCCAGCAGACCGGAAACGCCCACGCAGAGUGCCAACGUUGCCCCGCCCACUACCAGCACGCUGUCUGAUGCUGCGAGGAAGCUGCAUCAAGAGAGAGUAUCGGUCAAAAGGCCGCCGGGUACCAAUGAAGGGUCUUCAUCAAAGAGACUCAAGAUGGAAGGUGACCAGUCAGGGGGCAGGACACCAGGGAAGGAGGCCAUGGGUCUGACAGAAGACAUUGUCAGACGUUACUUGCUUAGGAAGCCCAUGACGACCAAAGAUUUGCUCUACAAGCUGAAGUCCAAGAAGAUCGGACUUAAGUCGGAUGUCAUAGUCAAGCGGCUGACUGAAAUCCUGAGAAAACUGGACCCCAAACAGACCAAGAUCAAAGACAAAACCUACUGGUUUUUGAAGGAAUAGCAUGAUUACUUUUUUUUAAAUGUUGGUCAUUGCUCUUUGGAAAAAUUGCUAGACAGCUUAUGUUACCCUUUGUGAUGUCCAGGGGUUUGAGGACUUCAACAGUGACGAGUUGUAAAUAGAUUGGGAUUUUUAUAAAAUGUUUUUCACGAAAUCUAGGGUUUUUCUGAGGAAGGUCAAGUGGUUUCCUGAGUGCUGUCUCAGUACCUAACCAAUAAAGAGUCUUAAGGUUUCGUUUAAAUUUUUUUACUGGAAAGAGCACGUGCCUAUGGGAGCCACUGGCUAGGGGCUGUGGCUACUUCCUAUAGACGUGUGUAUUACUGCCAGCCGCAGCCACCUAAUUCAGUCUGAAACGGCUAGCACGUCAGUGUCUUUAUGACCUCCGACAAUGGUCAACUCAUGUAAAUGUUCACACAAAUAGUCAUUGCCAUCCUCAUGAAUGUGUAUUUCAGAGUUGUUCCAAUCAGAAUGUAAGGGAAGCAGAAGCCUGUUAGGUAUUCCAACUGCACAUGCCUAAAAUGAGGGAUGUCAGAGGUCAUUCAAUACAGCAACAAGUGCGCUUGACAUCUGUCCUAUCAGCAUGGCCACACACACUGACUUGGACGUAUGCUUUGUUCUGGAAUGACCUUACUUUCUAAGAUACAGCAACUGGCUCUUUGGCAAUGUACGUCUGAAGGUUGUCUGUCUUGAGGUUCAACAUUCCAAGCGUGCUUUUGGAUUUUGCUUAAAUAAAAGUUCUUUUCAUUUGAUUCAUCCAUGUAA